UGGGAAAGAUACUGCAGGUUUCAGCUUCACCAUCUCCUCAUCGCCUCCUCAUAUAUCAAACACCUGAAUCCAUUUGAACUGCCAGCAGGAAAACAGUAAAAAUGAGUCGUUAUCAAAUGGUGAAGAGCUGCUGCUGCGAAUUUAACCAGAAAUUAUAAUCCACUGACCAAAAGAACAAGCAAGUCAUUGACACAGGAUGUUGAUGUGAAAUAAUGAGACCUUUAACGAAGGUGCACAGAAUUUCAGUGCUCUGAUGUUACCCAGAAACAUUCAGACAUGUGGAGAUUUGAAUCUAGUUUUAUAUAUGAAAGCAUUUCGAAGAGGGAGUUUAACCAGAAAUUAUAAUUCACUGACCAAAAGAACAAGCAAGUCAUUGACACAGGAUGUUGAUGUGAAAUAAUGAGACCUUUAACGAAGGUGCACAGAAUUUCAGUGCUCUGAUGUUACCCAGAAACAUUCAGACAUGUGGAGAUUUGAAUCUAGUAUAAAUAGAAAAAUAUGCUUAAGUGUCAAAAGUUGCAGCUUGUUUUCUUGAGAAUUCUACAGAGGGAGAAUGACGAAGCACUUUCUGCCCGUAUCACUUGAGCUCAUCUAGCAGUGCAGGUGUGUCACUGAAAGGGGUAGGAGGGCGUUUGGCAGCUCCACAGCCAUUGUGCUCAGUGUCUAGAUUUCCAACCUCAGAGAGACAUCAUGUCUGCCCCGCUGUGUUUCGUCUCCAUCUUACUGGCCUGGAUGGCAGGAUCACGGGCCACAGACUACAACCUGCCUUUCAUGGAGUACCUGGACAACGGCAAUUUGGUCCACCUGAAGUGGGGAUUUGAUAAUGUGCAAGGAAACAUAACAUUCCAACUGACAGUCAACACCACAGGCUGGGUCGGCUUUGGUUUUAGUCCUCAUGGAGACAUGGAUGAUGCAGACAUUGUAAUGGGGGGACUUGGAUCCAAUGGAAGCUAUUUUGCAGAUUAUUAUUCAAUAGGGGAGAAAAUGCCUGAAAAGGAUGAGGAGCAGAGCUACACCCUGCUCUCCAUGAUUGAAAAUGAUGGACAAACAAUAAUGACGUUUCAAAGGCCAAUAGAGACCUGUGAUGAAAAAGACUUCCAUAUCACCGCUCAGUCCAUUAAGCUAAUCUACGCCUACGGUGCGACAGAUAACAUCAAAUACCACGGGAAAUUUAGAGGCACCAAGGAAGUAAAUCUUCUCAACUACAUGCCAAAGACCGUCCCUCCUGAUGCCAGAUAUCUCAGUGUGAAGGUGGACAAAAUCACUGUCCCUUCCAACAAAACCUACUAUCACUGUAAAGUAAUGAAGCUUCAAGACUUGCCCACAAAACAUCAUAUUUAUCAGAUUGAGCCAGAGAUUGAGCACCAGGAAGUCGUCCAUCACAUGUUGCUGUAUCACUGUCCCUCUUUUGUGAAAGAACCAUAUGAUAAACCGUGCUACAUGGGUGAAAUAGGAGACGCCUGCUUUGGAGUGGUGGCUUCAUGGGCAGUAGGAGGAAGAGCAUAUGAGCUUCCUGAGAAUACAGGUAUUCCCAUUGGAGGAACUCAAAGUGGCACAUACUACAGGUUGGAAAUCCAUUACAAUAACCCACAAAAGAAAGAAGGUAUCAUAGACAGCUCAGGACUGAGGCUUUACUAUACAGACAAACUUCGACAGCAUGACGUGGGCAUUCUAACUACAGGAGUGUUCCCAGUGAGUUACAUGAUGUAUGACAUCCCUCCAAAAGCAGCAGAGUUCCACUCAUAUGGCAUUUGCAACACGUCUUUGUUUUCACAGCUUGUGGACCCCAUACCUGACCUUCAAGUGUUUUCAGUGCUCUUGCACACUCACUUGGCUGGCAGGAAAGUCAGAGUGGGCCACUUCAGAAAAGGAAAGCAAAUAGAUUUCUUGGGAGUAAAUGAAAACUACAACUUUGACAUGCAAGAAACUGUCAAUUUAGGAAGCAUCAAGACAAUCAAACCGGAUGAUGAGAUCAUUGUGGAGUGCAUCUACAAUACCUCAGAUCGCACUCAAUCCACUAUGAUGGGUUUGUCCACCUCUGACGAGAUGUGUCUGGCUUUCCUGUUCUACUACCCGGCUAUCAAUAUUACUUCAUGCACCAGCCGCCCAAAUACAACACUUCUAUCCACCACAGCUGAUCAAAUCGCUGAGUAUCAGAGCUUGAUGAAUGCCCUGCCACAAGUUCAAUACAUCUCUGAUACCAAUUACAACUCAUCGGUUUACAGAUAUGGCACUGUCAGGAACGUAAUGGGGACGCCCACUGCUGCUUGCAAAAGUACAAAUGCUGCAAGCAGACUCUGUACUUCCUGGAUGUUGAAAGCUGGAGGAAUCAUCCUUCUGCUUCUUUCAAUUGCUGUAAUGUAGCAUGGCUGUAUGUGAAACAGAUCCAUAUGACAACUUAGAACAAUUAAUAUUGAAUGAAAUAGACAAUUUUGAACCUAAAUUAUGUUUAUGAUCAAUAGGUGUGUUAGCAAGUAUAAGAGAUUUUUUAUGAGUGGAUCAAUUUAUAUUUUAGUCAUAAAGCACAAUAGAGGCUCAGUAGCUGCAAU